AUGAACGCGACCACGGUAGCAGUCGCACCUGAGAGCGGCAUGCAGCAACUCAACUAUAUCGAAACUCUCUGGGAGUCCAUGUACGAAGGCCGUAAUCCACUCAUUGUUACUGGCGUCUUUGCUUUCCUCAUGCACGAGAUUGUUUACUUUGGUCGAUUCAUCCCAUUCCUCAUUUGCGACUUUAUUCCCUACUUUCAACGCUACAAGCUUCAACCUAAUAAGGAAAAUACUCAGGACGACUAUUGGAACUGCACAUGGAAGGUUCUCAAGGCCCAUUUCAUCUUUGAAGGUCCUCUCAUCUUCUUUUUCCAUCCUAUGGCUACUAUUCUUGGCAUGAAGGUGGAAGCACCUUUCCCUGCUUGGCAACAAAUGGCUGUUGAGAUUGCUAUCUUUUUCAUUUUCGAGGACUUUUAUCAUUAUCACAUGCAUCGCUUCAUGCAUUGGCCACCAUUCUACAAAAAGGUGCACAAGGUUCAUCACGAAUACGCUGCCCCCUUUGGUAUCGCUGCUGAAUACGCUCAUCCUAUCGAGACUAUGAUCUUGGGCUUCGGUACCGUGGGUGGUCCUCUUAUCUACCAUGCUGUCUCUUCUCUUGUUCUUAAGCUCGGCCCCGAGUGGGAUCUUCAUUUGGCUACUAUGCUUGUGUGGAUUGUCCUUCGUCUUUUCCAAGCUAUUGAUGCUCAUUCGGGUUAUGAUUUCCCUUGGUCCCUUCACAACUGGAUGCCUUUCUGGGCUGGUGCUGAACAUCACGAUUAUCAUCACCAGAUGUUCGUUGGCAACUACGCAUCUUCCUUCCGCUGGUGGGAUUACCUCUUUGGCACCGAUCAAAAGUACCGUGCUUAUCGUAAGCGUCAAAAGGAGGAGCGUCUCAAGAAGCAAAAGGCCCAGUAA